AUGGGGUCUCCCUGCACAAAAAGAUGUAGCCACUCCAACAACAAAUGUCACAGCAAAGUUACAACAAGCCAACAUGCUGUUGCUGCUGUUACAUCUGCUCCUGCAAGAAACUCAAACAGCCCAAAGCAUUUUACCGGGGAACACAAAGCAGCUGCCUUGAAUCCAAUAGCUGGAUUCACUAUGGAAAAGAGACCCUCUUUGGCUCAAACCAAGAGUCGAAAUGAUUUCUUUAAUCUCCUGAAGAAGAAGACGUCAACAAACACUUCUGCUGGCCUCUCAGAUUCAAACCCUCAUAUUUCAUCCCACAGAAAACAUGAAGUUACAAAGGAAGUAGGCAGUGCUUCCCCACCUGCUCUUGCCAAUGAGAAUGGUUCUGCAGCAACUAGCAAUGGUGGCACCUGUGAAGAGGCUCAAAGAUUUUCUGAUGAUGGUGAAAAUAAUAUGAACUCCUUUUUUCAUGUUUAUCCAGACGAGGAAGAGGCAGCAUUUCUUCAUUCUCUUGGUUGGGAAGAGAACUCCGGUGAUGAUGAAGGUCUUACAGAAGAGGAGAUCAACGCAUUUUAUCAGGAGUACAUGAAACUGAGACCGACUCUGAAAGUGCACAAUAGCGUGCAACCAAAGCCGGUUCAAUCAAUUGCAUCUAAUUUAGAUGGAGAUCUUCGGAAUUGAGUUCGUCUGACUCUGAAUCUGAAGAAGCUUGACUCUUCUAAGCCCUUGCAUAGUGGAAUACAAAGGAGUUCCAAUUUUUGAUGGCAGAUGAUUAGAUUUUCCUUUUUUUGAUGUCUUCUGUUUGAAAGGAAGCUGAUGAGUUGAGUUGGUAUGGAGAGGUGGUGGGCUUAGGGUUUUGAGGGAGGGUGCAUUUUGCAAUAGUACAAUAAGUCCUGCUCACUUGUAACAAGAGAAAUUUUUAGGGUUUUUCUAAUGUGUUGGAUUUGGGGGGUGGAUGUUGGAUUUGGGGGUGGAUGUUGGAUUUGGGGCUAUUUUGUCUUGUGCAGUGGGAAGAUGAUGCUGAAAAGGAAGUUGCAUCUUUUAGGGAUAUAUUCUUCUUUUCCUUUCAAGAUGGUUCAAUUUUACAAGAAAAAUAUCAUUGUUGUUUUUGACCCAUUGUUUGGAAAUGAAAUAAAAAAA